AUGCCGCGCGGCUUCCUCGUCAAGCGCAGCCGGCGCCCCGGCGGCUCCUACCGGGCGCGCCCGAGGGAGCGGGACCGGGACCGGGACCCUCCGCCCGCCCCGCCGCCCGCUGGCGGGGACAGCCCCGCCGCUAGACAGGUAGAGGAGGAGAAGGGAGCCGUCGCCGCUUGCCCCGCGACGUGGCCCCCCGGCGGCGGCUGUGGCAGCUCCGGGCUUACCCCGCCGGAGGGUCCGGCCGCCUGGGGGGCGACGGGGCCGUGCAGCGCGGCGGGGCCGCGGGCGGCUCUCUUCGAGCGGUGUCUCAGCUCCCCCGCCUCCGCCGAGUCCUUCCCCCUGGCCGCGUCCUUCCCGCCCGCCGAGAAGCUGCUGCUGCAGCCGCGCACGCCGCUGCCCGCCCCGCUUCUGCCGUCGGUGCCCGCGCUGAAGCGGCCGUCUCGGGCCAAGGCGCCGGCCAAGAAGGGCAAGGCCACGCGGAAGCUGAGCUUCGCCGACGAGGUGACCACCUCGCCUGUGCUGGGGCUGCGCAUCAAAGAGGAGGGGCCCGAGGGCCGGCCGGGGCCGCCGCCGGGGCGCACGCCGCUGGGCGAGUUCAUCUGCCAGCUGUGCAAGGAGCAGUACGCGGACCCGCUGGCGCUGGCCCAGCACCGCUGCUCCCGCAUCGUGCGCGUCGAGUACCGCUGUCCCGAGUGCCACAAGAUCUUCAGUUGUCCCGCCAACCUGGCCUCGCACCGCCGCUGGCACAAGCCACGUCCCGGCCCCAGCACCGAAGGCGCCGCCUCCGCCCCGCCGGGCAAGGAGAACAGCCCCGAGCGGCGGCCCCGCGGCCCCGCCGCACCCCAGCCACCGCCGCCGACUCGUCAGCACCGCGGCGGCGCGGACAGCGCCGGCGGCGCUCCGGCCGCCCCCGGCUCCGGCCCCGGCCUAGCUCACCGCGGUGCUCCCGGUCCGGGUGGCGGCCCCGGCGGGGAGGCGUUCGCCUGCCCCUGCUGCCAAAAGCGGUUCCGGCGGCAGGCUUACCUCCGCAAGCACCUGGGCACCCACGGGGCAGCGCGGCCUGCCGCCUUCGGCCCGCCGGAGCGCGGGCCCCUCACCUUCGCCUGCCACCUCUGCGGCGCCCGCUUUCCCUCGGCGGACAUCAGGGACAAGCACCGGCUGUGGCACGCCGUGCGGGAGGAGCUGCUGCUGCCGCCGCCGCCCGCCGGGGUGCCCGAGAGCGGCGCGGCGGGCGGCGAGCGGCAGGGCUUCCCUUGCAAGCACUGCCCCGCCACCUUCUUCAGCGCGCCCGGGCUGGCGCGGCACGCCAGCAAGUGCCACCCGCCGGAGAGCAGGCAGGUCCUGCUGCUCCAGGUGCCCGUCCGGCCGGGCUGCUAGGCCCGCGGCCGCCCCGGUGGGACUGCUCCGAGAGCCCGGGCUAGCCGAGCGAGCCCUGGCCACGCUGUAAUUCCUAUGGAAAGUCGCGGCUCUCACGGCUACGACGUCGGAGGAGCCGCCCGGUGACUCCCGCCCGCCUUCCCCGGCCGGUGGGUAGCGACGCGGGCACGGCGGCGUGUUCAGCCCACGGGCGGCACUGCCGGCAGCGCUCUCGCCGAGCCCCGCGAUGGAGGGAGCGCCGCGCAGCCCCCCUGACACCGGGGCGGCCGCCGGCACGGCCCCGGGCUGGCGGCAGCAGGCGAGGAGCCCCGCCAGCGUCUGCCGGGAGGCGAGCAAUGCCGAGGCGUCGGGUGGCGGUCCACCGCCAGUACAUCUUCCGUAGCGACGGAUGUAAGUUCAGCUGUAUAUAGGGUAUCUAAAGAGAGGAAUUAUUUUUCGUGAGAAAAGGAGCCUGAUCUAGUGACCUUGUUUUAGUAGCCUUAGCCCCCGAGCUUCAACAUUCGUGAGGUGUUUUGUUUGCUGUACUCUGUACUAAGAUAGCCGAGAAGGUAAAUGUUCAUACUGUCAGUGUCAAGUCAUAUAAUAGCUAGCAAAACGUACGGGAAAUUAAUCGUGCUGUCUGCUUAAUUGAAAUACGAGGUGUUGAUCUUCUAUGGCUUCUCCUGCUUACUCUGUGUCUCUGUACUCUAGCAACCGUGAGGUAGGCAAAACACACAUCUCUGGCAGCUGGCCGUUCCAAAAGCUGCUCCGCUCUGUUAGUGGCUUGUUAGUGCGGCACCGACAGUAGCCAGAAGGGCAGUUCAGUCUCACCAGGCUGGGCAGCGUGUGGCUCUGCCAGCCCCUGCAUCGCAGGCAGGCGAAAAGGACCCUGUGUGCAGCUCGCCUUUUCAGCCGGCCUCCAACCCCUCUCCUGUGAGCUGCGCUUUCGAUGUGAGCUCCUCCGAGUCUUGUGAACAGCUGAAAUUAGGACAUGAAGCAGUCUUUAGACAUGUUCCUAAAGCGCAGGUGACAGGCUACCUUCCUUCUCCCUAAUGACACCUACUUUUAGCAAAGCGACCCGCGGUGUGUAUUCUUCUGGCUUUGACAGUGCUCUGGCCAAAUGCUUUGAAAUGCUUUGAAUUUACCAGCUACUGACACCUCAGCCAGUAUUUGUUUGUUUAUUUAUUUACUUAUUUAAUUUCUCCAUGAGUGCUUGUUUCUAAAUGUGAUUGCAGAUGAGGCUAAAAAUAAGGGCAAGAAAAUUCAAUAAAAGAUUUAAAACAAAGCUCAUGCCUUUCUUGAAUUCAGCAGGGCAAAGUGGGUCAGCUGGUGAUUUCUGAAGAACCAAAUUGAUCCCAGUCAUAGUCUUUGUUCUAACACUCUCUCAAAUGAGCACACAAAAUAUUUCAACCUCUUGAUUAGCAUCAUCUAAAGCAAUUAUUUCUGUAGUUUCAUAUUUUGCUACACACAACAAAAGAUGUAUCAUGCCCAAAGGCUGCAAGCAAGCGGUAAGUGAUUUAUGUUAAAUGUGCUUCACGGACUUUGUCAUUUUAGUUCCAGAACCUGGACAAAUGAGUGAAUACAAUAUAACCUAAUGCAGCCAAGAUUUGGUUUCUGACAAAGGAGGCUAAACUUGCAACUCACUAAUAUGCCAAAAAUAAAGCAUGUUAUUUUAA